GCUUUCUGUACCUCCAGUUCCCAAUGUCCCAAAGUCCUAAUAACGUCAUAGAGUAAAAGCAUAUUACGUGAUACGCAUGCGCAAAAAUAAGUAAAAGUAGCAGAGUUACGUGAAACAUACAAAUUUAAUCAACAUUUGUGAUUACACUUUGUAUAAUCAUUUGUGAUACCUAUUACGUAUUAAGAAACGAAUAAAUGGGAGAGAUAGAAGAAAAGUUUCCUGCUCAGUGGGCACUAGAUCUUCUUGAACCUACACCUUUGGAUCGAUCUAAUCAUAUUUUCAGAUAUUAUUAUGUGCCAUGUACUACGAUUUCGCUGGCACUUGCAGUAAUGCUUAAAAAUGUGGCAGGAAAAAGACCCAUGACAGCCAAUAAGCCAUACAUAGUAUUGGCGUCCAUAGCUGGUUUUCUUAUCGGUUGUGGUAUACAUUGGGCAUCUGAUUUAAGAUUUGCAAGAAAGGAUGCGAUACUGAGAGAUUAUAUAAUGCGUCAUCCAGAACGGUUUCCUAAGCCAGAUGUUAAAAAAUAUGCAGAUAUUUUCGAAGAGUGGAUCCCAACCCGUUAAAAGAUUGAACUCUAGUCACGGACUUAGGUGUUCUUUAUUAAUAAUCAAUAAACAACAAAAUACAUGA